UCUUCAAGGAAUUCACAGGUGAGGUGUGGAGUUGAGAGGUGCAGUGCAAGGGAAAGUUCUAUUGUUCGUGAGGCAAGGCAACGUGGCAGGUGGAGACUCUGUCGUGUUUGGUUGUCGAGGAAUAGGCAUCGCAACGGCGAACGGGCCGCCAGAUCAGUGUUUACGUGCUUUCAUCCGCUUGGAGACGUGUAAUUUUUAUCCUCUUCUAUACUCAAAAUGUUCAUAGUUUAGUGAUCCCCUCUUGCUAAGCGCAGUGUUCAUACUUUAGUGUAGUUUAAGUGAUCUAUUUAAUAUAAAAUGACGAAGGAUAAACGUGUUUCGUUGAACUCGGUUCAGUUUUCUUUCAAGCCCGAGGAGUUACCCUUCAAUGUUCGACUCAAAAGAUUUCUCUACAACCCAGAAACGCAUGAAUACUUCGGAAGGACGCCCAUCAGUUGGGCGAAAAUUGGGCUAUUCUACCUAGUAUUCUAUGCAGUUUUAGCGGCUAUGUUUGGUAUUUUACUAUGGCUAUUUUUCUUAACAUUAGAUCCUAGAAUACCCCGUUACCAGUUAGAAGAAUCAAUAAUUGGAACUAAUCCAGGUUUAGGUUUUCGACCAAUGCCAAACGAGUCGAAUGCUGAAAGUUCACUCAUUUGGUUCAAAGGCACAGAUCCAGAAAACUUCAAGUAUUGGACAGACAGCUUAAUACAGUUUCUUGAUGUGUACAAACGACCUGGUCUUACUCCUGGCCGAGGUCAAAAUAUCUUUGCUUGUGAUUAUGACCGUCCACCUGGCCGGGGCCAAGUCUGCGAUGUAGAUAUCAAAGCUUUUGCCCCUUGCACCGAAGAAAACUAUUUCUACUACCACCGUUCUGGGCCUUGUGUUUUCUUAAAAUUAAAUAAGGUAUAUGGUUGGAAACCAGACUUUUACAAUGACUCAUCCCAGCUCCCAAAACUUAUGCCUGAUUAUUUAAAAACUCACAUUACAAGGUUACUUACUACAAAUGCCAAAGAGUUAAAUACAAUUUGGGUAUCGUGUGAAGGAGAAAACCCUGCUGAUGUUGAAAAUGUUGGGGCAAUCAAAUAUAUUCCGAACAACGGUUUUCCAGGUUACUUUUUCCCAUAUGAAAACUCAGAAGGUUAUCUCAGUCCGUUGAUAGCUGUUCAUUUCGUUCGACCUAAAACGGGAAUUCUUAUCAACAUCGAGUGCAAAGCUUGGGCAAAGAACAUAAUUCACGACCGAAAGGAUCGAACGGGGUCCGUCCAUUUUGAACUGAUGAUCGAUUAAUGUUGGCAAGUUUUUCGUUUUUAUAUUUUAUGUAUUUUUUUUUCAACCCACUAAGUUUCCAGAUCGGUUACUAUCACCUGAGACUGUUCAAAUUUGGCCCCUGUUUAUAUCCUGUCUUCGCUCAUUCACAGUUUCUUUCUCUUCCUAGUUAAUAGUUAUACACCUCUGUUUUUUAAUCACUGCAAUCAGUCCUCACCAAAACUUGUAAAAAUUGGUUUUUUUUCCUCUCAUGUUAGAUCCAGUGGACUUGACAAAUGUUUGCUUCGACGCUGUAAACGGAAUAUUCUAUGAAGAUACAGAAAGUAAUGAGCAGUAAAACUUAAAAUAUCAAUUUUGUGUGCUCUCUUAGAUUCAUUGCUCCAAGUAUGAGCUAUUUACACUUUUUUUUUCUUUAAAUUUCAAAAAUCCAAGCCUGAGAUGUAUAUCAAACCGAACAAAGUUCUCUUAUCAAUGACAGUUUUUGUCUUUCAGGUUGUGUUAAUGUCCUUAUUGAAUUUUCUCGUAUAAUCAUUGGAAGAAAAAUUGACAAUUCACGAGGAAUAAUAUUUAAACAGUUUUCCAUUUUAAAAAAAGAAAUUGGGUAGUAUUAUAUCCUAAAGUAUGUGCUCUGUGUAUUUACUUUUACAGAGUGACAAUGUAUGUGAAUCAAAUUUCUUAAAAACUAUUGCGAGCGAUUUUAUCAGUCUCCCUAAUUCACAACCUAGUGAGUGAAUCAUGUUUAAUUUAUUUUCAUUUCACCGUUUUAUCUGUUGAUGCAUAUCAUACCUAGGCCACUGUAUUUAGACGUAACUUUUAAGUGUAACACAGGUUUUGUUAAUUGAUUUAGCUGUAUAGUAAAUUUUUGAAUCUCCCGUUUUUACUAGUCAGAGGCAAGUUUAAUUAUGCAGCAAUGGCUCUCAUUUCUCCAUCAGAUGAAAUUCUGUAGUAUUUGAGACUGAACACUGCAUUAACUGAUGCAGUUAAAUUUGUAGGAAAUGCAGACAGUAGGUACUGCUUUCUUAGUUAGAGUCUCUACUAGAAAAUAUGAAAAUUAAAGGUUUACUACUUCCUUUCCAUUGAUAUUCUUUAAGUUGAAGAAGUCAGGAGUUAUUACAUUAUUUAAGUGUUCAGUCAAUUCGGAACACUCCCAUUGCAGAGGGAAAAUAAUUGUUAAGUGAGUUUCUUAAUUAAAAUCAAUAUAAAAAAUCUAAUUGUGCCUUGUCUUUGCUGAGUCUAUCACCAAAAAAUUGCAAAACUUAAAUGUAUUUGUUGUAUCGCUUAUUGUCACAAUUCUCCGCAAAGUAUAUUCCUAUGAUCUUUCGAUUUUUAUUUUCAGUGAACGACUGCUCAAUUAGAUCAAAAUUGUAUUUAUGUAAUUUUGCUUUUUUGUAAAAUUGAAAUUCAGUAGCUCUUUGUGGUUUACAAAGCUACCUUUGCCUUUUUUAAGACUUCAAUUAAACUUGCAGGAAUUCAUAUAAUUAACAUAACCUACUUAUCCUCCGAAAAUUAAUUUUUUUCAGCUCUGAAUUGUCCCGGCAGUAUUUUCAAAAGUAUUUUCCUAGUUACAAUUUGAAAAUGUUAUUAUUUUUUUUUUAAAGAAAAGUGGCGAAUGAUUGCAGUCAUCAGUUCGAUUUGAGUGCUCUAUUUUUUUAGACUUUUUUAAAUACUUACCGAUAAAAUCAUGGAAAUAUUUUUCUAAUCAUUGAUGGUAAAUAUCAAGAAAAUAUUCAUUAGAGAGUCUACUCUGUCAUGAAUUUUCUAGUAGUAGUAAUUGAAUCUACUUUAAUGCCCUAAUUUAUUUAUUUAUUUAUACAAUAUUUACCUGUACAAUUUUUUUUAUCUCUUUUGGAAUCCCUUACCACGAAAAAUUGCUCAGCCCUGAGUAGUGAGAGUUUAUCAGUAUUUUUAAGUGGUAGGUCAUUUUACCCAUAGAGUGAGGACUUAAUAGUGCAAUCGAUGUAUAUUUUUUGAUGAUUUUAAUAUUUUUAACAAAUGAAAAGACCUGGUAUGCAAUAAGAGUUCUUUAAAAAGGCCUUUUCAAUGGUAUCAAAUGCCUAUAAAGACCCAGCGUCUGUCUAUCAUGCUCUACAAUCAUUUAAGCCGUUCUACACACUAUCUUGUUUUGAUUUAUGAUUUUUAGUAGGUAGUGUAUCUAACUGGUUCUCACGUCAAUCAGAGUAAAUGAGUUCUGCGCUGGGUCCUUUGCUGUGUAAAUCCUGCAGUCGUAGAUUUUGUCAGUCUAAGUCUUAGCUAUUGUUUUCCUCCUAUUUCACUCUAAUUUGGUAUAUUUUACAUGUCCAUGUAAAUUAUAUUUUCAAGUGCAGAAAUUGUUUUCGAAAAAUCUUGAAGAAAAUCUUAAUUUUAUUUUUAUUCACUCUGAUCAUGAAUAUUGGCAUAGUGAUGUCACUCAAAUGUCAAACAUUUCUCCGAAAUACAAGACAGAAAAAUUUAAUAUCAGUAAAUAUAGAGCAAUUUUUAGAUCCUCCAAUUUUAUUUUUUGGUACCUGCCUACGCAUCUAUCAAUUGUUAACAAUGAGAGUUGCUGCAGGGACAAGUAAAGUGGUUGGUCAAAAACAGUUGACCAGAUUGUGUGAUGAAAUGUUAUUAUUUUACAUGGAUUUAAAAGGAGGGAAAAUUGUUGAUUCUCAGCACCAUCUGAUAACAAUCCUCCUUUCUGCUGCAAAAUCUUUAAUCUUUAGUUUCAAAUCGGACGAGAAGUAGCACUUCAAAGGAAGCAAGCCCUGCAGCGUUUAACUUCAUUGAGAGCCACCCAUAAACGAAAUGAGGCUUUCUGGCCCAUAAGGGGCUUUGCGCCAAACAGGUGUCUCAAAAGUGAUUGAUUUUUGUUGCAAUUUUGCUUGUCGCUCGGUAUCUUGAUCUAAUAUCAGAAACCCUUGCAGCUCUAAAAAUUGACGCGUGGAGUUGGAAAAUUAGGUUUCCCAGGCAAAUGACUCCUAAAAUGUAUUGAAGUUAAACGUUUAUGUCUUGUAUUUUGAAAUUAUGUCAUGCCUUUCCUUUAGCUUUCGUCGAUAAAACAAGCAAUUGUCACGUGCCUUUUAUUUUUUUAAGUGUCUUAAAAAAGGCCUUCAUUUAUUUUUUACAGUGGAUGAAAGUGCGUAUCAUAAAACUUGCCUUACUGUUGCCUUCUUUUUUUUUAUAUUUGACUAAGGAACUCAGUCCAGAAUGAGAGUAUUGAUAUUGCUGUGCUAGCAAGAAAUAUUUUUUUAAAUCCUUUUUACGCACCUUUUUUAAAUUGAAAGACAAAUCAGAUUCAAUAUUGUUUUUCCUUCUUUUUUGUUUUUCUUCCUGUGAGCAAGAGAAAGAAUUUUGCAUCGACUUUUGUUAAGUUACAAAAGAUCUCCAUGAAUUUGGAAUAAGGGCAUGAUGUUCCCUAAUCAUUUGAAUUUAGAUUUAAUACCUUCAUUUAAUUUUGAUUUUUGAAAUCAGUAUUGUCAUCCUUUUUAAUACCUUCAUUUAAUUUUGAUUUUUGAAAUCAGUAUUGUCAUCCUUUUUAAGUCUAUCUUUUUCCCUAUGAACCUAUAAAUAUGUCUUAACUUUCCCAUUGCUAGAAAGUUUAUGUAAAAUUGUUCAUUAUUAGAUUUUGUACUUGUCCCUUGUGUUCACAUUGCUAUUGUAUUUUAAGUAUAUUUUGAUCACUUGAGGUACAUUUGAAGAUAAGGUCACAUUUCAAACCAAAACAUUGGUCCUUAAAAUGGAGUUUGGUCACUUGGUCCUUUAAAGUCUUGAAUCAAAAUUUUUACUUACCUAAUGUAUCAUAAUUUUAAAGAAAUAAAUGUCAUUCUAAGAUCCUCAUUUGUAUAUUUUCAUGACUUUGUUUCGUUUUCACUCCAUCAAGUAUGUAAAUACUCUAAAUUUCUUCUCGCUUAAACAUCUUUUUAUUUAUUUUUAUCAUUAUUUUCAUUCAGAGCUUUUGAGCAGGUGCUGUGCAGCUGAAAAUCACUGUCAUCCUUUGUGUAAAUCGUAAAUUUUCUGCUUUUCUCUAUUUUGAUCACUGAUGUUAAGUGGAAGAAGACACAGUGUGUGAAUGGUUACAAAUUUUGUAAGUGCACUUUUUUUUCUAUUUCAGGAGGUUUUUAUUGUGAAUUGAAACUGUUUGAACUUAACAAUUUAAAUUAAAAAAUAUCGAACACUCA